GUACAUGUCUGUACUAUCAUACCCAUGGUUACUAUUAUGUUUAAGGUCACUCUGGCUGCUAAAUGGGUGGAAGAUUACAGGGUGAUCCAAGAGGGGUCAAUUCUGACUUCUCAGAUGGCAGAUGAUGGAAACUAGGUAAGAAGUGGUCAGACUCCCAGCUAUGCUUGUAAUUGUGCUCCAUGCCCUGUCUGGAGUGAAGACAUUUAUCUCAUGAGAAACAAAGAGGAUUUUUCGUCACCACCAACCCCUUCAUCAAUCUUGUCAUGGGGUAAAACAAGGGGGAAAUGUUAGUCAUCUUAGAACAGACUCAAGCCCUAAAGAUCAAAGUGUCCUUCAAUCCUCCUUUACUUUUCUCCAUUACCCUUUAAUUAAGUGAUACACUUUCUCCCCCGCAGAGCACUCUUGAUUCUCCUCCCAGGGCUUCUUUCCCAUUCCCAGGGAGAGACCAGGCUGUUCCUGGGGAAAUGCUGUUUCCUAGCCCUGAAGGCAGGGAGUCAAACACUGGUUUUCUGGAAGCUCCGCUCCUUAGAGAAACAAGCUUUUGUGUCAGAUCCAUUAUGUUUGAACCAUAAAACUAAAAAAAAAAAAAAAAAAGUUACAAUAUGGCGCAGAGGAAGCUGACGAUGUAGCGACACCACAUCAAACACUGCAAAAAACAAAAACACUGCAACUUCCACUGGCCCCACUGCAGCUAUUAAUCCUCCCCAAUCCCCUGGCUGCGUUGGCAGCUGGACGCAGAAUUGCUUGGCUAAAGCCCCGCCCAUCAGUUGGGCAGCCAAUCGGAUCCCAGCAGCGCUCGGGCCGCUACACGUAGUGGAGAGUAUACUGCACUGUGGGACAGCUGGAGCAGGCGGUGGUGGACCGCUCGUGAGUUCCCUCUUCCUAGUUCCCUCUUGCGCUGUUGACAUCGAAAGCUAAGUGAAAGCCAUAUCCAUAGAGAGUUUGUGCCAGUGCCCCAAGAUCCUGAACCUCUGUCUGUCUUCACGGACACUGACUGAAGAGACCGAGAUGGAUGCCGAGCCAAAGAGGAAAUUUGGAGUGGUAGUGGUUGGUGUUGGCAGAGCUGGCUCGGUGAGGCUGAGGGACUUGAAGGAUCCACGCUCUGCAGCAUUCCUGAACCUGAUUGGAUUUGUGUCCAGACGAGAGCUUGGGAGCCUUGAUGAAGUACGGCAGAUUUCUUUGGAAGAUGCUCUCCGAAGCCAAGAGAUUGAUGUCGCCUAUAUUUGCAGUGAGAGUUCCAGCCAUGAAGACUAUAUACGGCAGUUUCUGCAGGCUGGCAAGCAUGUCCUCGUGGAAUACCCCAUGACACUGUCAUUUGCGGCGGCCCAGGAGCUGUGGGAGCUGGCCGCACAGAAAGGGAGAGUCCUGCAUGAGGAGCACGUGGAACUCUUGAUGGAGGAAUUCGAAUUCCUGAGAAGAGAAGUGUUGGGGAAAGAGCUACUGAAAGGGUCUCUUCGCUUCACAGCUAGCCCACUGGAAGAAGAGAGAUUUGGCUUCCCUGCGUUCAGCGGCAUUUCUCGCCUGACCUGGCUGGUCUCCCUCUUCGGGGAGCUUUCUCUUAUUUCUGCCACCUUGGAAGAGCGAAAAGAGGAUCAGUAUAUGAAAAUGACCGUGCAGCUGGAGACCCAGAACAAGGGUCUGCUGUCAUGGAUUGAAGAGAAAGGGCCUGGCUUAAAAAGAAACAGAUAUGUAAACUUCCAGUUCACUUCUGGGUCCCUGGAGGAAGUGCCAAGUGUAGGGGUCAAUAAGAACAUUUUCCUGAAAGAUCAGGAUAUAUUUGUUCAGAAGCUCUUAGGCCAGGUCUCUGCAGAGGACCUGGCUGCUGAGAAGAAGCGCAUCAUGCAUUGCCUGGGGCUGGCCAGCGACAUCCAGAAGCUUUGCCACCAGAAGAAGUGAAGAGGAAGCUUCAGAGACUUCUGAAGGGGGCCAGGGUUUGGUCCUAUCAACCGUUCACCUUUAGCUCUUACAAUUAAACAUGUCAGAUAAACACAA